AUGUGUGAUGUGCAGGGGGCGGGCGGGGGCAGAGGGCAGGGAUGGUGGGCACCACCUCGGGAGCCCCCGUGCUCAGCAGUCCAUCACCUACAUGUUCACGGUGGCGGGAACCUGGCCAUCUUCUUGCUGGUCGGAGCACACCGGCGCCUGCAGACGCCCAUGUACUUUUUCCUCUACAACCUCUCUUUCCUGGAGAUCUGCUUCACCACGGCCUGUGUGCCCAAGAUUCUGGCCGUCUUCGCCUUGCGCAGCGGAGCCAUCUCCUUCUCAGGCUGCGCUGUGCAGAUGCACUUCGUCUUCUCUCUGGGCUGCAUCGAGUACUUCCUGCUGGUGGCCAUGGCCUACGACCGCUACCUGGCCAUCUGCCUGCUGCGGCGCUACGGUAGCAUCAUGAUGCCUGGGCUCUCUGGCCACCUGGCCCUGGGCUCCUGGCUGCGGCUUCUCGGCCAUCGCCGUGCCCGCGGCCCUCAUCGGCCGCCUCUCCUUCUGUAG